UGGAAUCCGCCCUGGGACGUCUUUCAGCUGGAUGUCUUCAGAGGGUUCGAUCACAGGCACAUCGAGAUUCAUCGCGAUCGGGACGAUGCGGCUCUGUUGCGGGAGCUCGCAAGUGCAUACGACGAGUUACGGACGUGGAGCGGGAAGUACUUCUCCUUCAUGGAUCUCUGUCUGAAUAUGAGACUGCAGGGCGAUAAUCAUGCGCAUAUAGUUCCACGGAGGAUGGGCACAGAAAAGCAUACACCGCCGCGCAAUGCAUGCAUGCGAUACCUACUCAAGCACCCUGAACACCAGGCAGGCAAUCGUGAGAUAGUGCGCGCUCUAACAGAGCAAUCGGAUCGCGGCGUUGAAUUUGUGGAGCGACCGCAGUUCGGCCGUAUACUCUGGGCCACCAUAGCUUUGGCUUUUUUUCCGCUCUUUGUUGCGGUCGUCUACUCUUGUCUCAGGGGGGAUUGGGCCGGGGGCUUCACCAUCGGUUGUGAGUAUUGA